AUGUUUGGUCAUUAUCUUGGUUGGAAUACAGCCAGGUGGGAAUAUCCAAAAACAUUAUCGUGUUUUUUCUCAAUUCGCAUGUUGAAUGAGUGAAACAGAACAGAGGCAAAAUGUGUGGAGUGAAAUGCAUCACCUUUGCGCUGUGGAUUAAUAUUCUUAGUGUAAUAACAGGAGAAAACAAUUUUCAACUGAAUUUAACUCCGUUAAAUGCAGUGAUUCAUGUUGGUAAGGAUCUGGAGCUGACCUGUGAAGUGACCAAUUGUAAGAAUAAUGUGGACUUCGUCUGGAAAGCAGCACUGGAUCAAUUUCUCGGUGGAGAGUCUGAAUCUGAGAAGAAUGUUUCCCGCCUUCUGAUCAGGAACAUCUCUGUCAAACACAGUGAUACAGUUGUGUGCAAAGCUACUUGUCAGGGAAAUCAACUACAGAAAAUGACAAAGAUAAAUAUGUUCUCUUUUCCAGAAGAUCCCAUCUUGCCCAAAAUAAAGAGUUUGAUAGCAAACCAAGAACAGGAGCUUAAAUGCACAGUCCACAACAUUUACCCUUUGAAAAGCUUUCAGAUUCAGUGGCUUCGUGGAGAUAAGAUCCUCCGUGAGGAAGAACCUGAUGAAGCAACUUCAGACCAUGUUCAGAGUUAUUCCUCCGUGUUCAAUUACACACCUUCUGUCAAUGAUCUGGGCAAGAAUAUUAGUUGCAAGGCAACACUGAAAAUCGAUACUAUAAAUCAGGAGAGAACAACAACUGGUGAAUAUGGUCCAGGGACUAUAACAGUUUCCAGUAAUGAUACCUCGGUAAAGCUUGGCGAACAUUUAGAGAUAACGUGUCAUGCAGACGGAAACCCCAAACCAACGAUCUUUUGGUGGAAACUAGGGGAGGCUGGGCCUGAACUCCAGAGUCAGAACCACAAGCUGACAAUAAAUAAUGCUACCUGGUCUCAGACAGGUUGCUAUUUGUGUAAAGUAAGCAAUGACGUGGGAAGCCAGCAAAUGAGUGUAAAUGUCACUGUUGUAGGUCCUCCAAACAUCCCCAAAAUCCAGUUAAGCCAUAGAGAAGAGCCCAAAGAAGGAGAGAGCAUAAGCAUACUCUGUUCUUUAGAUGGUGGGCCAGCAGAACUGAAACUGUACAGACAGUCCCAGAGCAAUGUGACAGGAGAUCCGAAGAAAUCAACUGUGCUUUUAAACAUCUCAUCAAUCCAAAUAACUGAUGCAGGGAUUUACAUCUGUGAAGCAAAAAAUGACUUUGGCAUUGAGAGAAGCACAAUCAACAUUACAGUCCAAGCAGCACAACAUGACUUCUGGAGAAAGCCAGACCUGCCUGUGGUCAUCCUGCCGGCUGUAGGGUCAGUGUCGCUGUUGACCGCUGCUGUACUGCUGAUCCGACACUGCAGAAAGCAAGCCAAGAGCGUCUCCGGUAACAUCCCACUGGACUAAACUUUUAUGUUUUUGAAAUGUUUCUUAUGUUCAUAAAGGCUACAUCUAUUUGAUAAAAUAAUGAAGUAAAAAUAGCA